CCGCCCGGCAAGGCGGGACACCGGGACACGGGGCCCGCCCUCCCAUCGCGCCGGGGGGAAGGGCCGGGACCGCUUCCGGAGCGUGACCUUCCGCGGGUGGGUGGGCAGCGAGGAUGGCGGCGCCGACGAAGGAAGAGAGGACGGCGUGCUGGGGGGCCCGGGACGAGUUCUGGCAGUGCCUGGACAGCCACGGGGAUGACGCCGCCAAGUGCGAGAAGCUGCGCCGGGCCUUCGAGUCGCGCUGCCCGCAGCAGUGGGUUAAACAUUUUGACAAAAGAAGAGACUUCUUAAAAUAUAAAAAAAAGCUUGAAACAGAAGGGUAUAUUCCUCCAGAAGCUGCUGGAAAGUCUUAGUUACUCUGCUUUCAUAAUAAAUCAAGUAACUAUAGAAAGAAGAAGCAAGAGAAAGCAACAGGAGCUGCCUGAGUGCAAGACUGUCUCCCUGAAAUGCAGACUGCUGUUCUUGUUGCCAGGUGUCACGUCUGCUGAAAGGUGGUUGUGUACAGCUUAUGGUGCAGGGCUGUUCACAAAUCUAAGGGUCUGAAUGUAUAAUUAUUAAAAUUCUUUCACACAAAUAAUUGUUUAAUACUGCAAUGUAUAUAUUCUAAGGAGAAAAUAAAAUUCUUUUUCAGUAA